CCGCGAUUCUGGCGUCUGAGUCAACAUUUCUCGGAAUCAGGUUAGAGCAGCGCAGUCACGUCCAGCAGUAUGGCUCCGGAAAGCACCAAUCCCAGGGGGGACCUCACCUCGGAGGUCCUCCAUGCGCUGUCUAAGUCUGAUCCGAUCUCGUCCACCGAGGCCUUCCCUGGUGUCCCCUUUGAGUCGAUCAAAGCUGCCCUCGACCGUCUCGCUUCCCGUUCCAUGGUUACGUACGAGCAGGUUGAGCGCGAGGAAGCUCUCUUGGAGCCCGAGGCCGAAAUUAUUGUCAGCCAUGGCAGCCAUGAGGCCCGUGUCUUUGAGGCGGUGCGCCAGGCUAUCGACGGCCUUUCGAUCCAAGACCUCGAGAACAAGAUUGGCGACAAGACGGUGACCAAGGUUGGUCAGGGCAAGGCCUUCAAGGAGAAGUGGAUCAAGAAGGACGGCGCGAAGCUUGUGGCAUUGGUCGACUCGAUCAAUGAUGUGACGCGGGAUCAGCUCAAGGUGAUUCAGGAGACGCGGACGCACGACGCCAAGAUCCUUGCCGAUUUGAAGAAGCGCAAGCUUCUAAAGAUGCAAAAGGUCAUUUCUUUCCGGAUAAGUAAGGGGCCCAAGUUCGCGCUCGAGAUGGUCAAGGAGGAGACGGACCUCACGGCCGAGAUGCUCGCAUCCGGCGCUUGGAAAACGGCUACCUUCAAGCCGUACAACUUCAAGGCCUUGGGUGCGGAUCAACAUGCUGGUGCCCUACACCCUCUGAACAAGGUUCGGCAGGAGUUCAGGCAGAUCUUCUUCGAGAUGGGUUUCGAGGAAAUGCCCACAAAUCAGUUUGUUGAGUCUGGUUUCUGGAAUUUCGAUGCCCUCUUCGUGCCUCAGCAACAUCCUGCGCGCGACCUCCAAGACACUUUCUACGUAUCAGACCCGGUAAAGGCCGGAAGGCCUGCACCAGCGUCGGCAGACGAUAAGCACGACUACGAGGCAUACUUCCAGAACGUGCGAGAAGUUCACGAGAAUGGGAAGUAUGGCUCGAUUGGGUACAGGUACCCCUGGUCUGAAGAUGAGUCGCUCAGACUGGUCCUGCGAACACACACGACUUCUGUAUCGGCCGCCAUGCUGCAAAAGCUGGCUGGACAGCGGAAGGAUGGGCGAGUACCGCCAGCCCGGUACUUCUCUAUCGACAGAGUCUUCAGAAACGAGACUUUGGACGCCACUCAUCUAUGCGAGUUCCACCAAGUGGAAGGCGUCAUCGCCGACUAUGGGUUGACUCUGGGUGGUCUGAUGGAAUUCAUGGAGAUUUUCUUCGGAGCGAUGGGUGUGACUGACCUGCGCUUCAAGCCGGCCUACAACCCCUACACAGAGCCGAGCAUGGAGAUUUUCUCGCACCACAAGGGGCUGAACAAGCUCAUCGAAAUUGGAAACUCGGGUAUCUUCAGGCCCGAAAUGCUGGAGGUAUGUCUUUCGGAUUACCAGAUCUCCUCAAUGAAGAUUGAGACUGGAGGUCGUCGCUAACACGUGC